CCUGGAGGAGAAAGCAGGGGAGGGUGAGAGCAGGAAGGCUGUAGGGAAGGGAAGCUGAGAGAUCCUCCACAGGAGGGGGUCACAGCAGCUAGGGGCACCUGCCAGGCUGGAGGUGUGGGCUGCCUAAGAAAGGGGGGUGAUCACUGAUGUCCAGCAGGAGUCUUUGAUAGGUAGAGCCCGCCACGGCAUCCCGGAGAUCCCACCAUGUUCCUCUUCUCUCAUAAAACCAAGACCCCCAUCAGCACCUACACUGACUCCUACAGGGCUCCUACCUCCAUCAAGGAGGUCUAUAAAGACCCACCUCUUUGGGCCUGGGAAGCCAACAAGUUUGUGACUCCGGGCCUGACUCAAACCAUGAAGCGCCAUACAGAUCCUGAAGCCCUACAGAAGAUGGCCAAAUGUGCUGUACAGGACUACAGCUAUAAGAGUUCUAUGUCAGGCCACCCCUACUUGCCUGAGAGGUACUGGCUCUCUCAAGAGGAAGAAAACAAAUGUUGCCCAUGUUACCUGGGCAAUGACCCAUACCGCACUUGGAGGACAAGACCUUACAACAGCUCCUACUGGAACAAGUAUACUACCUGCCUUCCUCGACUGCCUAAGGAGGCCGGGAUGGAGACAGCAGUUCGAGGAAUGCCUUUAGAGUGCCCUCCGAAGCCGGAGCGCCUCAAUACACACGGAGUGUAUCACCCUACGAGCACAGGGCCGGAAUGCAUUGUGCUGUUACAACUCCCCUGCCGUCAUAUUACCCAUAUCCGAACCUUAGAUGGGACACAAGUCACUUCAAGAAGACCGGUGGUCCCCAGAGAAACAACUAUGUCGUCCACCCAGAGUUUGUGUCCGAUACCUAUCCCAACUAUUGUUGCUGUUAGGCCUGGGCUGGCCAGGCUAAGGGGGUAGAGCAAUAAAUUCUUCUCCCCAAGGGCUGCCUCCUGUGUCCUUUCCCAGGAAGAUCUGGAAGAGAGAGGACGGUUUCUCAAAGUCACCCAGCCCUGAACCCAUCCCAUGAUUUCCCUGAGUGCUUUCCUGAUACAUAACAGUAAUCCAGCUAGUGUUCUCCUCCCCUCCACUCUACAGCCUCGAGUCCACCCAUCCACAUAGAAAGGACCCAUCUACUUCCCACUCCCACGAAGACCCACCUAGUUGACAUUUCCCCAGUGUGCCCCCAAAAUAUGCUUCUCAGAGGAC